UCAAAAGCAGCAUUUAGAGAGAGAGAGAGGGAGAGAUUUCAACCUUUCAUUGGAGGAGGCAAGGAAAGAGGAGAUGAUGCAAAUAGAUCUUUCUUUGAAGAUAGCUGAUGAAGAAGGAGAAGAUGUUGUAGUUGAAGAAGAAGGAGAAAAAGACCAAAGAGAAGAUAACAAAGAUUAUGAUAAUGAAGAAGAAGAAGAGGAGGAAGAAGCUUCAUCAGAAGAAUCCAUGCAUGAAAAUUUGAAGACAGAUGAGCUAUGCGUUUUACAAAUGGAGAUGGAUCGAAUGAAGGAAGAAAACAGAGUGUUGAGAAAGGUGGUGGAGCAAACCAUGAAAGACUAUUACGAUCUUCAAAUGAAAUUCGCAGUCGUUCAAAAACAUGGCCAUGAGAAUGACCAUCGGAUCUUUCUCUCGCUCGGCAGCAACGAUGAAUCGAAAAUAACCCAAGAAAGCAUCGAUGUUAAAAACCAAUCUCCAUCUCAAGUCUAUGAGAAUAAAGAAGCCAAGGAGUUGGGAUUAUCAUUAAGGUUACAAACCCAUGUAGACCAUUAUGAGAGAGAAGAGAAAAGGGAAGAGAUGAAAACAUGUGCGACUACGAUUGACAGUAGCAUACACAAGAGUGAAUUGUCUGGAUUCACGAACCACACUGGUUCUUCGCCUGCGGCGAAUCGAAAAGCGCGUGUUUCAGUCAGGGCUAGAUGUCAAGCACCCACUAUGAAUGAUGGAUGCCAAUGGCGAAAAUACGGUCAGAAGAUUGCAAAAGGAAAUCCAUGCCCGAGAGCUUACUAUCGAUGCACGGUGGCGCCAGGAUGUCCAGUUAGAAAACAGGUCCAAAGAUGCAUGGAGGACAUGUCAAUACUUAUAACAACCUAUGAAGGCACACAUAACCAUCCAUUGCCAGUCGGUGCAACUGCCAUGGCUUCAACCACAAGCGCGGCAGCCGCUUUCAUGUUACUAUCUGGGGAUGGUUCAGCUCCUCCUGUGUCAAAUGACAUCGACAAUAACGUCCAAACACGCUUAUCAUAUCCUAACCCACAUCUGAUGAGCGCACAUUCUUCCUAUACAUCCUCCAUUAAUACCAUCAUCAACUCCGCUGAUCCAUCAAGAGGGGUUGUUCUCAAUCUAUCCCACAAUAAAAAUCAACUUCAACCGCAACAAUUUGCGGCCCCCAACAUGCCACCUUCUAUGUUCAAAUUUGAGCACCCUUGGAUGCACAACACCACAAGCUAUUCCAGUGCCAGCACCAAUGCAAGUGCAAGCGACGUCCCGAAUAAUCACUUCUCCAGUGGUAGUGGGAAAGAUAAGAGACCGUGGAAUAGUGAAGAAGAGAAGUCAUUAUCGGAAAACAUGAGUGGAAUCACUUCAGACCCGAACUUCGCAGUCGCCGUUGCUGCGGCGAUAACCUCAUUCAUCAAUAAGGAAGGCCAGGCAAAUCAGGCAAGUGGCUCAUCUUUGGCAAUUAAGGAUGGUGAGAGUGGUGGUACGAGUAGCAACAGAUGGGUGGUGGAAUCCAUGUCUUCGCUGUCGGAGAAGCCGGUUCGGCAUUUGCAGUGAUCAUGGAAUCCAUGUCACUGGGAUUUGGAUUUCCAUUGUUUGGGUACGUAGCUUCAUGUGCUCAUGUCCAUGUGAUACACAGGACCCUUGUUAGAUUCAAAUACAAUUACAU